GUCACAGUGCCUAAACUGGGCCAUGAUCAUAUACCGCAUUCGACGGUCCUGAUACUAUCUUAUCAUCUGGCUGGUUCUCACUCCUACCUUUCCUUUCUACCAAUUUUAUAUCUUUCACGUUGUUCAUGGACGAACACAAUUGAAACCCCACAAACAGAGCAAAAAAAAAAAAAAAAAGGAAAAAAGAAACGAUGGCGAGUUUUAUACUUCAAGUCCCAAGAACUGUGAGAUGCUUCCCUGUUUCUGCUUCAUCUAAUGGGGCUUCUGUGAGUGGGUCUCAGAGUGGAGGGAAUGGGGGCCCGGUCAUAGUGGAGCUUCCGCUCGAUAAGAUAAAACGGCCGUUGAUGCGAACGAGAGCGAACGAUCCUCACAAAGUUAAGGAACUUAUGGACAGUAUCCAAGAAAUCGGCCUCCAAGUACCUAUUGAUAUUCUUGAGGUCGAUGGAGUUUACUAUGGUUUCUCGGGUUGCCAUCGUUACGAGGCUCACCAGCGCUUAGGGCUCCCAACAAUCCGUUGCAAAAUUCGACGCGGAACAAAAGAAACUCUCAGGCAUCACCUCCGCUGACAUUUAGCAGUCGCCAUUCUAGAGAACAGAUUUAUGUGAGCCCUCGGAAGUGUUGCUGCAAACAAUAACCAUAUAGUCUAUCAUCCUCGAGAUAUGCAUAUUUCUAUCCAUGGUGUUGCCUGUUAUUGAUAACAUCUGGUCUGGUUUUGUCAGCUACAAAAAUUUGCAAAUAAGAAGUAAAUAUAAGUCUCUCUCUUCUACUUUGUUCUUUCUUUAAUACAAAGAGAAGGCACCAGGGUUACAUGUGAUAGAACUACCAUUGAUUUUAAGUGUAACCAUGUCUUUAUUUCAAUGAAGAAAAGCAAGGAUCCUACGAAAUGGAAUGUGA